GUCGUUUUCAGGAAGAUUCUGAAGUCACCAUUUUGAUUUUGGCCUCUUCCUCUGUAUUACGCCAAUAGAGCCUAAGAAAAGAGUCAUCCAUGAGAGGAGGGGAAAAAAUAUGGCAUUCACACGGACAUGGGCUCCACAGGUAGUGACUAUAGGGGAAGGUCCAGCAAAGAGAGCUCUACUUGUUAAAGGAAGUGAACAAUUUUCAAAGGAACCUGAGUCUUUCCAGGUUGCCUCCUUGACAGAAGGUCCUGCAAAAAAGGCACUGCUUAUCAAUAAUAAGAAGAAACCUGAAGAAAAUGCCGUUUCUACAUUAGUUAAGGAGAAACCAAAGAGAGUGAAGAAAACUAGAGCAGUGGUUGUUGACAUCGGCACAGGCUACUGUAAAUGUGGCUAUGCUGGAGAGCCAAGGCCGAGCCAUAUGAUUUCAUCUAUGGUAGGGAAACCUUAUAUGGAGACCGCUAAAACUGGAGACAAUCGAAAAGAAACAUUUAUUGGACAUGAGCUCCUGUACCCUGAUAUCCGCCUUAAGUUAGUUAAUCCCCUGAGACAUGGUAUCAUCGUGGAUUGGGAUACAGUGCAGGAUAUCUGGGAAUAUCUUUUUCUGCAUGAGAUGAAGAUCCCUACAGAGGAACAUGCUGUUUUAGUAUCAGAUCCUCCCCUGGGUCCCUAUACUAACAGGGAGAAGUAUGCCGAGAUGCUCUUUGAAAUCUUCAACACUCCAGCAAUGCACAUAGCCUAUCAAUCUCGACUGUCCAUGUACUCUUAUGGAAAGACAUCAGGUUUGGUAGUAGAAGUUGGCCAUGGCGUUUCCUAUGUGGUCCCAAUCUUUGAGGGAUAUCCUUUGCCAAGCAUCACAGGUAGGCUAGACUAUGCUGGCUCUGACCUUACUGCCUAUCUAAUGACGCUAAUGAAUCAAUCUGGGAAGCACUUUACAGAAGACCAAACAAACAUUGUAGAAGACAUCAAGAAGAAAUACUGCUUUAUGGCUCCUGAUCCCAUCCAUGGGAGCUCCUACACCAAAGAUGACAUGAUUAAAUACCAGCUUCCAGAUGGAGAACAGAUUACUAUUGGCCAAGAACGUUUCCUGUGUUCUGAGAUGUUCUUCAAGCCUUCCCUUAUCAAAUCCAUGCAACUGGGCCUUCAUACCCAGACUAUCACCUGCCUCAACAAGUGUGACGUUGCCCUCAAAAGGGAUCUCAUGAACAACAUUUUGUUGUGUGGGGGCAGUACCAUGUUGAACGGCUUUCCUGUCCGUUUGCAGAAGGAGCUGUCUAAGAUAUGCCCAAAUGACACACCUACAGUGAAUGUGUUACCUGAAAGGGAUUCUUCAGUAUGGACUGGAGGGUCAAUCUUGGCCUCACUCCAAGGAUUUCAGUCACUCUGGGUCCAGCGGUCAGAAUAUCAGGAACAUGGGCCUUUCUUCUUAUACAGGAGAUGUUUCUGAAGCCAAAGCAUGCCUGCUGGAACAUGUACUCAUAACUCAUUUAACUGCUACCUCUCAGGACAGUGGCCCAAGACAUAUCUAAAAUACCAUAACUCGUGUUCUAUUCAAUAAUUACCAUGUUCCAAUUCACAGUGUAAAUGAUCUUCUGUUGCUUGAUUUCACAGGAAUGGCAGACAUCACAAAUAUGUCACCUGACUUAGGUAUUUGCCAAAAUGAAAGGGUAGUGGGAGGAGGGAAGUUUAAAGGCAUAUACUAUAUUGUUUAACCUAAAAGACUUAUUUUUCCUUUAGAGGAAAAAGAGUCUAGUUUAUUUACUUACAUGCAAUACUUAGUGCAAUUUUAUAUUUAUAUAUUUGGGGGAAGAAGUUCCAUUAGUUAUAAUGUUGAUUUAUAGCUUAACAGGAGAGACAAAAAAAAAUGCAUAUUUUCUCCUCAAAAUUGGGGUAAAAUUAUCCAAGAAGAGAAAUGUUCAAGAUAACAAGAAAAGGCCAAUCAUCUGUAUAUAUACUCUGUUGGAAGUGGGCAAGCAAGGCUCAGCACGGUACAGACAUAAAUAAGGAAAUCAGCAAUUAAGUAGAAGCAACUUGGACUACAGGUUCACAAACCUCUGCUAGGUCAUUCAUAGAAAAAUGCAAAUUUACAUUAAAAUUUUCCACC